AUGUCGAACGACGAAAGGCUCGCCGGCAUGCGUUGCACCCGAGGAUAUUGGAUCGGUCGACUCACACGUUUGUCAAAACGUGUGACGGAUGGUGAAGCAUCCGGUAACUAUGAAAAGAGCAAAUUGAUACUCAUGCAAGAACAACUGAAGGAAGUUCGAUUAGGAUACGAAGCUAUCCAAUCCAAAAUGGCACCUUUCGACAACGAAGACCCAACGCGCAGUCUCGAUGUAGCCGACCAAUUCGACGAAGUAGCAUACCGGAUAGGCGAGCUUCUAGGUAACAUCCGACAAUCCUCGACUCCAACUCCGGAAACACGCGACUCUAGCACUGAUUCCGGACCAAUAUCAGUAAGAUUACCGGAGAUGCACUUGCCUAAGUUCGACGGUACCGCGGAUGAUUGGGAAUCCUUUCGUGACACCUUCAUGUCUGCAAUCGACCGCAACGACAAACUAACACCCGUCCAAAAACUGUAUUAUCUUCGCACCUCCUUAACCGGGAUAGCAGCGCAGCACAUACAAUCUUUGGGCACGACAGACGCAAACUACGCGAAUGCACUCGCUUCGUUAAAAGAAAAAUUUGACAAUCCGCGACAACUCUGCAUGAACCAUUGGCAUGCAAUAGCAAAUUUUCCCAAAAUGAAGAACAGUACACCCGAAGCCGUAGAAGAAACGAUAAAACGUGGAUACCUUCCACAAGAAUCCGUGUCAGUUAUCGGUGUCAGCGACGUACCGAACGCCGAUAAUCUAAACAUUGCCCGACAUCGAACCAUUGAUGAUCGGUUUCAGUCGGUCGCCGAGCAAGUGUCCAGAUCCCAGACUUUGGUCGCCUUUGUCACAUUAAAUAACUAA